AUUUAAAAAGUAGGGAUGAAAAGGAGACACGUAAUCACAAAAUUUGGCGGUUGAAAAGAAAAUUGGUUACUCUCUCUUCUCCUUCUCCCACAGACACCUGAAGUUGAAGUUUGUUCUCUCAGUCUCAGAACAACCGAAAAGCUUUAAAAAUGGCGAUAAGAGCAGCUCCAAUGGCUAGCGGAAGCUUAUUAAGCUCCGACCCACCAUUCUUCCAACGCAUCAUCAACAAUCGUCACUGCUUUCUCUCCCCCCGUAACCCCACCCACUCCACUCCCAAACCUUUCCUCUUCAUCCACUUUGAACCCACCGGCUUUGCCCUUGGAGUUCGUCCCACCUCUCGCCGCCAUUCUAAGCUCCUGUACACUCUCCCUAAAGCCGCCGAUUCAACUCAACCCUCUUCUGUCUCAUCACCCUCCGCCGAUAAAACCAUUAUUCCCGACGACCAAUUCUCCGUCGCCAAAGUUUCAUUUGGUGUAAUCGGUCUAAGUCUUGGAGUUUCACUCCUGGGGUAUGGUUUUGGAGCAUAUUUCAAUAUUCUUCCAGGAUCAGAAUGGUCUGCCAUCAUGCUCACAUAUGGGUUCCCUCUUGCAAUUAUUGGCAUGGCUCUCAAGUACGCAGAACUCAAACCAGUGCCAUGCGUGACUUAUUCAGAUGCUCUACAAUUGAGGGAAACAUCAGCUACUCCAAUUCUUAAACAGGUCAGGAAUGAUGUAAUCAGAUAUCGCUAUGGGGAUGAGCAGCAUUUGGAGGAGGCAUUGAAACGGAUAUUCCAGUAUGGUCUGGGUGGAGGAAUUCCACGGAGAAGUGCUCCAACUCUGCAAAUGAUUCGGGAAGAAGUCUCGGAAGAUGGUAAAUACUGUCUAGUUCUAGUGUUUGAGGCAAAAGCUUUGCAGUUGUCAGAUUUUGAGCGCAGACAGGCUAAAUUCACUUCAUUCUUUGGACCGGGGAUUACAGCUGAAAUUGCAAAGGGAGAGAAGGAUCUAUAUGAAGUACGACUUAUCUCAAAUUCUAACAGUACCACCACAUCACCUUAGUAACUUGUACCAUUCAUUGUUUGUUUUCAUUCUCUAUACAAGCUAUAAGCUUAUAAUCACUUGUAAAAUUUCCGCUUAUAUAUUGAUUCGACAUAAAAUUACAAGAAAUUUUAUAUGAAUUUUGAAGAGAUCCCAACCCUCCAAAAGUCAAAAAAAAAAAAAAGUAUUUUGACCA